AUCGCGCUCGUGCUGCCCGAGGGGUCGGACCUCGUCGCCGCGGAGGCCGUCCGGUCGACGGGCCGCGUCGCCGUCGUCGUCAACGACGCGCGCGCGCCCUGGCGGCUCCUGGGCGACCCGUCCAUGGGCCUCGCGGAGGCCUACGUCGAGGGGUCCCUCGACCUCCGGCCGUCGAUCCGCCGCGUCUUGACCGCGGCGAUCGCGCUCAAGGGCGACGGCGCCGCCGCGUCGCCCCAGGACGCAAGCGCGGGCUUCUGGAACGGCGCGACGAAGCUCGUCAACUACGCCUUGCACAAGCUGAAAGCGAACACGAGGGCCGGGUCCCGGGAGAACAUCGCCGCGCACUACGACCUCAGCAACGACUUCUUCGAGCUCUGGCUCGACGCCACGAUGACCUACUCGUCCGGCCUCUACGCCGACCACGCGCCCUACCUGCGCCGCGAGGGCCUCCUGGACGACGGCGGACCGCCCGACGACCCGGCGGACGACGCGUCCGACGCCGCUCUGGAGGCCGCGCAGCUCGCCAAGCUCGACGCGCUCAUCGACAAGGCGGGCGUCGCCGACGGCGACCGCGUGCUCGAGAUCGGCUGCGGCUGGGGGUCGUUGGCGUUGCGCUGCUGCGAGCGCUUUCCCAACGUCGACUACGUGGCCAUCACCAUCUCCAAGGAGCAGCUCGCGGAGGCGCGCGCGCGCGUCGCCAAGGCGCCGCCCUCGAUCGCGGCGCGCGCGCGCGUCGAGUUCUGCGACUACCGCGACGUCGCCGCGACCUUCUGCGAGACGCGCGCCUUCGACCGCGUCCUCUCCUGCGAGAUGAUCGAGGCCGUGGGCCACGAGUUCCUCCCCGGCUACUUCGCCGCGAUCCACGGCGCGCUGCGGGGCGGCGGCGCUGCGGCGCUCCAGGUCAUCACGGUGCCCGACGCGCGCUACGAGGGCUACAUCCGCGGCAGCGACUUCAUCCGCAAGCACGUCUUCCCGGGCAGCUCCCUCGUCUGCGUCAAGGCCGUCGAGGCCGCGCUGCCCAAGCUCGGGUCGCUCGCGCUCCGCUUGGACGCGUCGAAGACGGAGAGCCUGGGGCUGUCGUACGCGCGCACGCUCGCCGCCUGGCGCCUGCGCUUCGAGGCGAAGCUCGACGCCGUCCGGGGCCUGGGCUUCGACGACGCCUUCGUGCGCAAGUGGCGCUACUACCUCGAGUACUGCGAGGCGGGCUUCGCGACGAAACACAUCGACGUGCUC